GUGGUGUUUAGGAGUAAAAGCAGAAGCAAGUGGAUGAGUGAAUGAGUCUGGUUAGAAGGAAGCUUAUUGUAAAGGACCAACAGUUUUGGAGUGAAUCUUCAACCCAGUAAACUGAACAAGGGCUUAAGGAGAAUGAGUUGAUGGCAUGCGAAGAGCCAGAUGCCUGUAGUAGAGCCUUCUGUGCCUCUUCUGUGGCUUUGGCAAAAUGGGAACUCCCAAAACAAAGAUAACAUGAAGGGCUCUGACAGCUGGCUUUCUGGGCUAGCACUAGAGAGCAGAGCUCUGCAGGGCUCAGGCUCGGGAUGGGUAGGAAAUGGGGCUUGGAAACUCCCUCCUGAACUUGUGUUUCUCUUUCAUCCUCAUCCCUCUGCUUCCCUUCUGCAAGUCCAUCUCUGUGCCCAUCCUGGGUCCUAUGACUUUUCUCUCCCUCAACAGUCGGUUCCCGAUUCUGGUCCCCGGCCCCCAGCAGCGCCUGCCCCCUUCCCACCGGGGCCCCCCAUGAUGCCACCACCCUUCAUGCCCCCUCCAGGGAUCCCACCUCCUUUUCCUCCAAUGGGGCUGCCCCCUAUGAGUCAGAGACCACCAGCUAUUCCCCCCAUGCCACCUGGCAUACUGCCCCCAAUGCUUCCACCAAUGGGGGCACCACCACCACUUACACAGAUACCAGGAAUGGUACCUCCAAUGAUGCCAGGGAUGCUGAUGCCAGCGGUGCCUGUCACUGCAGCGACGGCUCCGGGUGCGGACACCGCCAGCUCUGCUGUGGCUGGGACAGGUCCUCCGAGGGCCUUAUGGAGUGAGCAUGUGGCCCCUGAUGGACGCAUCUACUAUUACAACGCUGAUGACAAACAGUCCGUGUGGGAGAAGCCCAGCGUGCUCAAGUCCAAGGCAGAGCUGCUGCUGUCCCAGUGUCCCUGGAAAGAGUACAAAUCAGACACAGGGAAGCCAUACUACUACAACAACCAGAGUCAAGAGUCCCGUUGGACCCGGCCCAAGGAUCUGGAUGACCUGGAUGCCCUAGUCAAACAAGAGUCUUCAGGAAAACAGCAGACCCAGCAGCUACAGACACUACAGCCACAGCCACCUCAGCCACAGCCUGACCCUCCACCUAUACCUCCUGGCCCCAUCCCAGUGCCUAUGGCCCUCCUGGAACCUGAGCCAGGUCGAAGUGAAGAUUGUGAUGUGUUAGAGGCUGCCCAGCCCUUGGAGCAGGGGUUCCUGCAGCGGGAGGAGGGCCCCAGCAGUUCUACUGGACAGCAUCGGCUACCACAGGAAGAGGAGGAAGCUAGGCCAGAACCAGAGAGAUCUGGCCUCAGUUGGAGCAACCGGGAGAAGGCAAAGCAGGCUUUCAAAGAGCUGCUGAGGGACAAGGCUGUCCCUUCCAAUGCUUCGUGGGAACAGGCCAUGAAGAUGGUAGUCACUGACCCACGUUACAGUGCCUUGCCCAAAUUGAGCGAGAAGAAGCAGGCAUUUAACGCUUACAAGGCACAGCGGGAGAAGGAGGAGAAAGAGGAGGCCCGGCUGAGGGCCAAGGAGGCCAAACAGACCCUGCAGCAUUUCCUAGAACAGCACGAACGCAUGACCUCCACCACCCGCUAUCGGCGAGCAGAACAGACCUUUGGGGACCUGGAGGUCUGGGCUGUUGUCCCUGAGAGGGAUCGAAAAGAGGUUUAUGAUGAUGUCCUCUUCUUCCUGGCUAAGAAGGAGAAGGAACAAGCCAAGCAGCUUCGUCGUCGAAAUAUCCAGGCCCUGAAGAGCAUCCUGGAUGGGAUGACCAGUGUCAACUUCCAAACCACAUGGUCACAGGCCCAGCAGUACCUCAUGGACAACCCCAGCUUUGCUCAGGACCAGCAGUUGCAGAACAUGGACAAAGAAGAUGCACUGAUCUGCUUUGAGGAGCACAUCCGAGCUUUGGAGAGGGAGGAGGAGGAAGAGCGGGAACGGGCCCGGCUUCGGGAGCGGCGCCAGCAACGGAAGAACCGGGAGGCUUUUCAGACCUUCCUGGACGAGUUGCAUGAGACAGGGCAGCUGCAUUCCAUGUCCACCUGGAUGGAGCUGUACCCAGCAGUCAGCACUGAUGUCCGCUUUGCCAACAUGCUGGGCCAGCCGGGUAAGGCAGCCAGGCUUCCCCUUGUCUGGUCUGGCUUCCUACCUGCCAGCCCCUCUGCAUCCCACUCCCUGGGCCUGUCCUUGACCCCACCCUGGGCCUUGGGAAGCUGCCGCCCGCCAGGCCCCCAUCUCUCCCUUUCUACAGGCUCUACUCCUCUGGACUUAUUCAAGUUCUAUGUGGAGGAGUUGAAGGCUCGGUUCCAUGAUGAGAAGAAGAUCAUAAAGGACAUUCUUAAGGACCGGGGCUUCUGUGUGGAGGUGAACACAGCCUUUGAGGACUUCGCCCACGUCAUAAGCUUUGACAAGAGGGCUGCUGCGCUGGACGCAGGCAACAUCAAGCUGACCUUCAAUAGUCUGCUGGAGAAAGCGGAGGCCCGGGAGAGGGAACGGGAAAAGGAGGAGGCACGAAGGAUGCGGCGCAGAGAAGCUGCCUUUCGAAGCAUGCUGAGGCAGGCCGUGCCUGCUCUGGAGCUGGGCACUGCCUGGGAAGAGGUCCGUGAGCGCUUUGUGUGCGACUCAGCCUUUGAGCAGAUCACCCUGGAGUCGGAGCGGAUCCGGCUCUUCCGAGAGUUCCUGCAGGUGCUGGAGCAGACUGAAUGCCAGCACCUCCACACCAAAGGCCGAAAGCAUAGCAGAAAAGGCAAGAAACACCAUCGCAAGCGGUCUCACUCACCCUCAGUGAGUCGGCAGGGCUCUGAGUCAGAUGAAGAGGAGCUGCCCCCACCAUCCCUCCGGCCCCCGAAGCGGAGGCGGCGGAACCCUUCAGAGUCUGGCUCUGAGCCCUCAUCCUCACUUGAUUCAGUUGAAAGUGGGGGUGCUGCCCUUGGAGGACCAGGCUCCCCAUCCUCCCACCUUCUCCUUGGGUCGGAUCAUGGUCUUCGGAAAGCCAAGAAACCAAAAAAGAAAACUAAGAAGAGAAGACACAAAUCGAACAGUCCUGAGAGUGAGACGGAUCCUGAAGAAAAAGCUGGCAAGGAGAGUGAAGACAGAGAACAAGAGCAGGACAAGGACAGGGAACUCCGGCAGGCAGAGCUCCCUAACCGCUCUCCAGGCUUUGGAAUCAAGAAGGAGAAGACAGGCUGGGACACAUCAGAAAGCGAGCUGAGUGAGGGGGAGCUGGAGAGGCGAAGGCGGACACUACUACAGCAGCUGGAUGAUCACCAAUGACCCCACGAGCUACUUCCUGCCUUGGGACUUCGUGAGGCAGUGGCUCCGGGACCAUCCUCACCAUCUGCCUCAGACUUCUUCGUAUGUCUGGUCUGUGUCCACUUUCCCUGAAGUAACCCAUCCCAGCACACUACUGUUAGCACCUCUCAAGGUUGCUCUUGGUGUUCAAGGGUCCCCUAGUUCUCAGAAACUAGUGCAGUCCUUGCCCUCAGCCCCAGACCAGAGAUGGGCAGUCUAUACCACAUGGGGUGGGUGAUGCCAGUAGAUAGAGUGUGAGAAGGGUUUCUGGGAGAGACAGGCUGGUGGACACAGCCUGGGUGGCAGAGGGCAGGGUCCUCACCCUCUAGCAUCAGUGCCUGCUCUUGCCUGACCUGGCCCUGGGGCUCCACCAUUGCUUCCUCUAUCCCUGGGACCCGAUGUAUGUGUUCUGUUUUUGUUUUUUAAAUAAUAUUUAUAACAUGAUCUACAA